AAAUAUGGCAAAGUCUUUUUCCAUGGUAAUGCUUGUAUCUAUAAUAAUAUUUUACAUGGCUCGUCCAAUUUACUCUCGGAAUAAAAUAUUAGAAGAUAUAGACAUAUCUCCAACUCCAGUGGAAGGAACUGAUUCACCCACAACAGAAUAUGAGAUAGAGCUUGCUCACCGCUUACAUGAAGAUUAUAUUCUGGCUUGCCCUAAAAAGCCGAGUUCCAAAUGCGAUGAUGAGAUUUUCAAUAACAUGUUGGAUGGGACGACGCCAGUGACAAAUGAAUGUUGUCAUGAUAUAUUGAAGACUGGCAAAGAUUGUCACCUUGCAUUGGUUAAAAUCAUAUUCUCCACGAAUGAUUAUAAAAAAAUUGCAUCUAAGGCUAUUCCAAAAAGUAAACAGACAUGGAAUGAUUGUGUCCGUAGAGUUGGGAUGGAGAUUGGUGCUCCGGUCUCUUUCGAACCUUAAACCAAUACAAUAAUAUUCCCUCAUGCAGAUAUGUUUAUGCGUUUUUUUAAUUUGAUUGUGAUCAUUAUAAAACAUCAUGCAUUUUGUUUUUGGUAAUCAAGAAAACAGACUCAUGUAAUAUUUUAUGUUUUCAUUCAUCAUUCGAAUGACUCUAACAAAAAUUG